AUGUCGCAUCUUCCGCAAUGGGCGCCCAAGGCCGGCAGGGCUGACGUCCGUCACCUGACCAAGGUGUACAACGCGCAAGAGAUGCCAGCGCACACUCGGCUGAAGUUCAGGACAGCAGGUCAAGGGUACGCUUCGGGUAGCGGUACGACGAGCGAUGUUCAGAUGGAUGCGGCCAAAAGGCGAGACUUGAAGCUGGAGUUGGAAAGAGCAGAGAGGCAGGCGAGGGACAAGAAGCGAAAGGAUGCUGGUGAAUUGGAUCGGGACGAGCAGGAGGUGGAGGGGCAGAGGGGGCAAGCUGAAAGUCCAAUGGCAAUCGAGCAGCAUGCCAACACUGACGAAGAGGCCGCAAAGCGUCGCAAGAUGGUAGAAGCUGCUGCUAGCCUGGAGCGCGCAGACAGUGAUUCAGAGAGUGCGGCUGAGGCGGAUGAGAAUGGCAAGGGCAAAGAUGGAAGGUGAGUCGCCGUAGCGACGCAUGACAUGGCGCACCUACAGCUGCGCUCACUGCGCUUCCCAUCCCCAUUCCGACAGCGACUCGUCCACUUCUGACUCGGACUCGGACUCUGAUUCUGAUGAGGAGGACGAGACAGCUGCGCUCAUGCGAGAGCUGGAAAAGAUCAAGCGCGAACGGGCAGAAGAAAAGGCCCGAGUAGAGGCAGAGAAGAAUGCUGCUGCUCAGGAUGCGAGAGAGGAUGAAAUUGCGCUGGGCAAUCCAUUGCUCAAUCUAGAGAACGCAAUGAAAGGAGGUGGCGCAAGCAAGGCAAGCAGCGCUCAACCUAGCUUUGGCGUCAAGAGGAGGUGGGACGACGAUGUCAUCUUCAAGAAUCAGUGAGCAGUGCCGUUUUGCGCAGGAUUCAAACUGCGCUGAUUCUGUUUCAUCUCACAUGUUGCAUCUUCAGAGCUGCUGGUAACGACGGCGGCGACAAGAGCAGCUUUGUCAACGAUCUCACUCGUGAGUCUUGCCUGCCUCUAGCGCAUUCAGACAGCGCCGCCAAGCUGACAAUGCCCAUGCACAGGCUCCGAGUUUCACAAAAAGUUUUUGAAUAGGUAUAUUCGAUGA